GCGUGGGAUCCUCUGACAUCAGUUUAGAAGAGUCACAGUCAUAUGGCAGCGUGUCGUUCGUCAGUUCGCAUAGGGGAAGGCUGCCAUUGGUUGGCUGAGGCGCAUGCGCGGGCAGUCGUCACUGUGGCGCGAGUUGUGCAAAUGGAUUUGGCGUGUUGGAAGGAAGUUCGGUUUCCUCAGCGAAUGAAUUGUGUUUCAGGGAAAGGACAAAGUAAAUUGAGCUGCUCGAGAAUGGAUAUUGAAGGGAUUCGUAAUGUAAUUUCUGUCAUGCAGAAGAAUCUGGAGUGCCCAAUCUGCUUAGAGCUGAUGAAGGAACCAGUUGCAACAAAAUGUGAUCACAUAUUCUGCAAAUUUUGUAUGUUGCAACUUCUCAGCAAAAAGAAGAAAGAAAAUGUUCCGUGCCCUUUGUGCAAGACCGAAGUAACCAGAAGGAGUCUUCAGGAGAGCCACAGAUUCAAACUGCUGGUUGAAGGGCUACUAAAGAUAAUAAAAGCCUUUGAGCUUGACUCUGGAUGCAAAUUUUUUCCAAGUCAAGAAAACACAGUCAGUGGGUUUGAGUCCACAAUCAAGGAUGUGUUGAUUAAAGAAGAUCAGCCCGUAGUGCAUUGCAAAGGUUACAGAAACCGUAAAAAAGGGAUCUUGAAAAGUAAAACAUUUGAAGUAACUGGAACUUUACUGGAAUCCAAACCCGAGGCACAAUUUGCUAAACUAGUUACGAGACUGACUUCUUGCAGACAGAAGAAGCAUAGGAAAGAGGCCUCACCCAUUUUCGUUAAUUGUGUGCCCGAUUCUUCUGAAUGUCAUUUAUUAAAUAAUGAAAGUGGCUCAGGAAAUGACCGCUCUCCACUCUGUGAGAAAGAAGACACGCUGAAUCCAGAUAUGGAAGCAAUGGUGGGAUCAGACCAAGCUGAAUGUGAAUUUUCUGAAACCGCUGAAAGGACAGGAAGCAAUUUACCGGGGUCUGAUGGUCCUGGGUGCAUUACUGAAACAUCAGCAGAAACCAACGUCAACACCGCUGCUAAUUCUAACAUUUAUGCAAGAGAAGCAGAGCAGUACCUUAAUGAGCAUCUUUGCAGGUUCAAGCAAGAUAUCGCAGACAGAGUGCAUCAAAGAAAUCAGCAUUGUGGCAAUGUUCCUUUUGUACCAAAUCUGGAGACCAAUUUUGAUGAAGAGGAAACCAUAGAAACUGACUUUGAUAACCAGUAUGAUGACUCUAACCCUCAGAAUAUUGACCCUUUAUGCAAAGUUGCUAAACUAAUGAGACGGAGUACAGAAAGGGUCAAUGAGUGGUUGCUAAAAACAAAUGAGGAGUCAAGCACUUUGUUAGCAGAGGAAGAUUCUUCCUUCAGUGUCUUCCCUUUGCAAAAUAAAGAGCCCUCUGAGAAAGGGUCUUGUUCCUCAAAUGACUUGAUGCCUGUACUCCAUAAACAUGCAGAGCAGGGUACAUCAGGCAGUGUUUUUGACAAACAAGCAGUCGGCGUUAAGGACAAAAUAUUCUGCAAAGUCUAUAAGAGACAGCAAAAAUCUUUGCCUCCUAAUAAUAUAACCUGCGUUGUUGAGGUCCAUCGUGAUAGUUCUUUUGGGACUGGUACAGAAAAUAAGACAUUGAGAAUGGAUCAGUUAAUGUGCAAAAGGAAAAUUGCCCAUGGUCUAAAUCCUGAAAACCUAGCUAUUACAAAUGGAAGCAUUAACAUUUAUCCCGAUGACUGUAUAUCUGAGGCAGAUGUAGAGCAAGAUGCCCAAUCAAAGGCUUGCUCUGAAUUAGCUGAUGCGGAUCAGUCUGAGUUGGUUCAUUGCACAUAUACAGUAGAUGGAAACACUCCAAAAAAACGCUGUGUAGAGUCUUUGGCAAAUGCACUUGAAACCAGAGAAGAGCAAAAAAAAUUGUCUUGUGAAAGAAGCCAAAAAAAAAAAUGCUGUACAUGGGCAGUCCAGUCUGUAGCUUCAGAACCUGAAACACGCUUACUGCAAAGUUCUUGUGGGCACUUGGAUCUACUUUUAGUAAGUUCUCAAAGUAUUGAUGAUCCCAAAAAUGUAAUUAACCAGGUAAGGAGGAGCAGAAGGCUUCAGAUGUUGCCAGGACUGUUGGAAAAAGCAAUUUCUAAUGCAGGUUUUGAGCCUAAAAUUAAGAAUGCGAAUCAACAGCAGAAUGGUAUUCAGAGUUCAAAAUUUAAGGUGAAGGAAAAAAAUCCAAUGUCUGAUACAGUUCCCUCUCAAAUGAAAAAGAAAGACAUGUUUUGUCUGCCUUUUACUUCAGAUGAUACUGACACCUCAAUGAAUGACGGAUCAGAGGAAGGGGUUCCCAUGAGAAAAGGCAGUACCCGGAAUCAUGAUAAAGUCCAUUGUAAUGAUGGAGAUUGUGACACCUUGCUCUGUGUUACAGAGAGUGAUGUCCAACCAAAUGACAAGGAAACCGAAGAAUCUGAACUGGAAACCCAACAAAUUGUUAAAAUGUUUAAAACUUCUAAGCGGACAUCCUUCAUAUUAGACUCCAGGGCAGCAGAAGCUGUAGCAGAAGUCACUCUAUCCUCAGAUAUCCUACAGGUCAAAGCUUCCUAUGAUGUUGAAUACAGGGAUGUGUCCUCAUUAGGUUCAGCAAAAGAACAAAGCAGUGCAUUGACGAACGAAAGUAGUCCUAGUAGUGAGCCUAAAAAAAGCAGCUCAUUACCCUGGCACAAGAAAAGGAAGCAACAAGCUAAAUCAAAACAUGGCAAAAUGUGCAGAAGUAGGAGAGAGAACAGUAAACCAACAGAUAAUCGUGCCAAAAGCCCCAUAAUAAAUAUGAGUCAUUCUUCAAAUACUAUUGGCCAGCCAGCUGAUUUAAACAGCCCCAUCCACGGGGGCACUGGUAGCAUAUAUAAACAAGUAAUCAACCAUUGUCCUACAAGGCCCAACAUUGAUGGAGAAUAUAUAAACGCAUCCGCUAAUGGUAGCCAAAGUUCAGUGACAGAUAAAUCCCCAGCACAUUUUAAUAUCAAUACCAACUUCAUUUGUGAUGUCAAUUCUGCCACUCCUGAUGGAUUGUUGCACUCCAUGGAUAACGCUGAAGGAAACUCAAGCCUUGGUGAUACAACUGUUCAUGAUGAAGGCAAAAAUGCAGCACAUCCUGAGAGUUUUCUCCCCUCGUCUGUCCAUAGAUCAGUUGGGUUAACUGGGGAAAAAAAAUGCAUACCAAAGGUGCAAUCAUCAGAGGAAGGGUCAAGUGGUGAUGACUUGCUUGGUUCUCAGGGUCUGUUUUGUCAAAAGUCAAAGUGCGUAUCCUCUGGUGCCACAGAUCAGAAAAAUUCUAAGAAUCCAGGCAAUGCUCAGCGGAGGAACUUGCCAGAUUUCAGUGGCAGCAGCAAUAGUGGCAAAUACAAUUCACGGGAAAUGUUAUGCAAGGCUGUUUUCCCUUCUCUGAGCCAAGAAUCUCAGUGUUCGGUGAGCUUGUUCUCCUCUCUGUCAAAUAUGUCUCAGCAGUCUGCAAACGAAGACCACAAGCUCCAGGGUGGUGGUCUAGGCAGUCCAAGUAGAACUGAAGAGACAACCAUCAGUAGUGAUGAAGAGACACUGACUGCUGCCCCUCAGGACCACAAUCAGAAUCCUGACAUAGCUGAAGCAUCAGAAUGUGAGAGUGAAGCAAGUCAUACAGGAGAUUCCUCUUUAUUGUCCUCCCAGGAUGAGCUCCUGAACACCCAGCAGCGGGAUUACAUGAAGGACAGCUUAAAGAAACUGCAGCAAGAAAUGGCUGCUUUGGAAGCAGUACUGGAGCAGCAUGGGACCCAGAACCUUUCAGCAGGGACAGCAUGCAUCCCUUCAGCUGAACAUGUCACAUAUAGGCAGGAGGAGGCUGUAGAAAAAGAAAUAGCUCAAGGAGAUAACUCAAUUGUACGAACUCCUCCAAAGCCUGAUGCAAAUGGGUCAGCUUUGAUAGGGCAGAGCACGGACAAUGGCUUGCAGAGCAGGAAUAGGUCAAUGUCUCCAGCCCCACCACAUUUUCUUUCCCAGACCAGAGCUGAGAAGAAUACUCAAGAAAGAGUAGGCCCAGCAAUGGGCAUAUCGAAAGUCUUGAAAAAAUCUUUGGUUACAGAGCAUAAACUGGAAGUCAGACCUGAUCUUGAGACAGCAAAUGUUAUGCCAGCCAACCCAAUGGAUGCUAAAGAAUCUUCAGGGCAAAGCAGUGAAAACAAGAGUGAGAACCCUAUCUUGCGCAAUAAAUGUUCCACAUCUCACCAAGGCUUAUUUUCUUAUUCUAUGGAAGAGGCAGUCUCUCCACACAACCCAAAACAAAGCAGGGCAGAGUUUGGCAUUGCAAGGAAAUCUACCUCCCCAACUUUUGCAUCCCCCAGUCGAGCUAAAGUCCUUUCUGUUGGCAUUAAAUCUCCUGUUGUGUCAUCAAGGAGGAAUCUGUCCUUUGUGGCUUCUGGGCUAAAUCAAAGUGAACUGGCAGUAGUACAAAGGUUUUCAAGAACGACCCAGAGUAUUUUAUCCACACGAAUUACAGAUUCGACAACUCACGUCAUUAUGAAAACAGAUGCAGAGCUUGUGUGCGAGAGAACUCUAAAGUAUUUCCAAGGAAUUGCCGGUAGAAAAUGGGUUGUAAGCUAUGAAUGGGUUGUACAGUCAUUCAAAGAGGGACAAGUCCUUGAUGAGUAUGACUUUGAAGUGAAGGGAGAUGUGAUCAAUGGAAGAAAUCAUAGAGGCCCAAGAAGAUCACGGCUGGGAUCCGAUGGAUUGCUGCUAAAAGAUUUUGAAAUUUGCUUCUCCGGAUUAUUCACUGACAUGACGCUAGAUGACCUGGAGUGGAUGGUGUCUGAGUGUGGGUCCACUGUGGUGAGAGAUCUUCAGUUCCCAAAAAACAAACUUAAUACAACGUCGCUUGUGAUUGUGCAAACCGAUGCUAAUACAACGGAAAUCAGAGAUUAUUUUGCCAUCCGGAAGAACCACAAGGCCAUAGUAGUGACGCGGGAGUGGUUGCUGGACAGCAUUGCUACUUACAGACUUCAGAAAUUUGAUACUUACCUUGCAUAAAGUCACUGCGGAACUGGCCAGUUACAAUGCGCUUUUGGCUCUUAUUGUGUUACUAUCUACUAGUACCUUCUUUGCUUUCUUAUAUUAUUUAAUAUCUGCAGAAAUGCUCUGUGUUAGCAUCUUCAUCACGGCAGGUUCGAAGAGAACAUUAAGGGAUAUGUUUAUCAUGCUGUGUAAAAAGUUGAGUAAGACAUUACCAGUGAUGUUGCCCAUAGCAGCGAAUCAAAUGCUUUGCUUUAGUUUGGAAUUUAAUUGAUGAUUGGUUGACCUGGAUGAUGUCAUUAGUAAUGCUUCACUCCACUUUUUACACAGCAUGCUGAUAAAUAUACCCCUUAGGAUGGUGUUCUCACCAAAAGUGUUUGUUAUGAUGCUCUAAUCAAAGGGAUGUUUGGAGGAACAAAAUACCCUAUAAGGAGAAAGAAUAACCUUCAAAAAUGACAAAAAUCAAAUUUUGUCAUAAAAUUUAGUUGAUUUCCAUGGCAGUGGUUCCCAUAUUUUGGGUCUGGCCCCACAGAAGUGGCAGGGGGACUUAGCCCUGAAGCUUAUUUGAGGUGAAUGCCUAUAAGCUCUCCAGCACACACCUGAAACACCAGACUUGAAGUCCAUUUAGAGCAAGAUUUUGGGUCUUUUAGAUAGGCCUGAAAGCCCAUCUUAAAGUCCAUUUAGGGUAUGAUUUGGGUUUAUACCUGAAAGCCAAGCUUGAGGUCUAUUAAGGGCAAGAUUUGGGGAUAUGUCUAUAUGCUCUCCUAGAUAGGCCUGAAGGCUCAGCUUAAAGUCCAGUUUUGGUGAGGUUUAUAGAGAAUACCUACUUACUCUACUACAAGUAGAUACACAUUAAAGCCCAUCUUGAAUGUAAAUUAGAGUGAGGAACUGGGUGAAAAUCUACUUUCAUACCUACAUAUUAUUGGAACUAAGGCUAAAUGACUAGCACACAAGUAUGUUCCUAUAUUUUAAACCUUGUUAUAAGCCCAAGGUUGGACUCUAAACUGGGUACGAACUAAAAGUCAGACAGUCUCUGCAGUUAUAUUCUGCAUAAUGUAGACUUUUUGUCCAGGCUAAGCUGUAGAGCUGGUGCCCCAUAUGGACAGGAGCAAGCAAAAACUGGAUUGUAUGGCAAGCCUGAAUUCCCUGGCAGGAUAUGGGUGUACAACUUGGUAGAUCUACAAAACAGACAGAACUUUGUAUUAGGAUGCAUGAUAAAAUACUGUAUGUUUCAUAUUUGCAUAUAGUUACAGUUGUGCUGUAAUUUCAUAGUCUUGGAGUUCAUGUAAAACAAAGGAAUUUUCAAAGCAGCACUGUUUUUAUUUAAUGCAUAAGUCAAGCUUGGGAAUAGAACCUUUUAUCUAGUGGUGUGUAGGUCACUACAUUGCAACUGUUACCAUGAUGCUCCAAAUAUGUGCAAUUCUCUCAACUUGAAAAUGCAGCAGUACUUCUAAAUAAAAAGAAGAAUUUGUGCCCCCUAA